UGCACGAAUCGCCUUCCUAGUAAUUGUGGCUAUUUGGCUCUCAAACCUUUCCAACUUCAUUUUUCCCAAUUCCAGCUCUAGCUUUGUCCAGUUAUCUGUGCGCGGCUGGUUUACAUUUUUUCAAACAAUUUUAUUUAAUAUUACACAGGUAAAUUUCGAAUCAGCGAAUGAAACCAGUUGUUAUCAUCUCAUCCCUCCGUUUUCAUAUAGAGGUUAAAGCAACAAUUCGAUGGCUUUCCUUUGUCCAGUAAGGAUACGACGUGGGAAAAAAAAGAAAAGUAGCACCGGAGAUGUGGAAACGAAGGAACUACGAAAUAAUGCCUUCACAGGCAUGGGUCGAAUCACUGGCAGUGCCUCAAUUGAAACACUCGUCCGAGUAGGAAUAGAAAAAGAAAAUGGCUUAUCCCCCGAUAGUAAAAUGGUAGUGCUACACGACUUCACUCCCUGCGUUGACGAUGAACUGCAAGUAAAGAGAGGACAGAUCGUUAAUAUUUUGUAUCGAGAAAACGAUUGGGUUUAUGUUAUUGCCGAAGAUUCGAGAUUAGAAGGAUUCAUUCCACAUUCAUAUUGUACCCCGUAUAAUUCGCAUUUAGGAGAAUUAGCACUCAACAACUUGAAAAAAAAAUUACCUCGGGAGCAGUUCAACAAUUUGAAUGAAGUAGAAGUUGAUAUUAGUAUCGAAAAUCAGCAAGAUGGUUCGGACAACGAAAGUUUCAACAAAAAAGAUAAUAAUCAAAAUAAUCAACAACCUCACAUAUUAAGCAUAACCAGCUCACAGGCAUCUUUACAUAGCGCAUCGUCAUCACAACCGGAAAUACAUCCUUUCUUCAAGGAUCCCUCUGGACGAUUUAUUGUCCUGUAUACUUUCAUUGCUCGCGACGAAAAUGAUGUAAGCGUUGAAAGAGGAGAAUUUGUAACCGUAUUAAAUCGAGAUGAUCCUGAUUGGUAUUGGAUUAUCAGGAGUGAUGGUCAGGAAGGUUUUGUACCAUCCGGUUUCGUAUACCCAGCUGACGUAUUGCAAAAUCACUUGAACCAAAGUAAUCAAAUUACAGCAUCUACUGCCAUACCUUACAACAGUAAAGUUUCCAAAAUCGGAAAUUCGCUGCCAUUGAAUAAUACUGUUAUUCAAAAUUCUUUGAAUCCUGCGGUACAAUCGUGCAAUCCUAAUGCCCAUCAAACAACCAAUGUAAAUGAAGAAAUGCGAUAUCACGGAACAGAACUCGUGAUGUUGUAUGAUUACAAGGCACAGGCUCCUGACGAUUUAUCAGUAAGAAGAGGCGACUGGAUUUAUGCUGAUUUCAAUACACAAAACUUGGAUGGUUGGUUAUGGGCAUAUGCCCCUAAAACUAGGAAAUGUGGUUUUAUUCCAAAAGCUUACGCAAGACCUCCAGCUAUGACUAGUCUCUAAAGCUGUAAUUACAACUUUUAAAUCAAAGCAUUUUUAUAUUUUAUAUUUUUUUACUCGAAGGCUCAAAAAUUGUUAUUCUAUAUUAAACCUCGAUAAGUAUUUAUUAAAAAAAAUUUUAUAUGCGAA